AUGAUGGGAGAUCUAUUCGAUGACCUUUUUUCUGACGAGGCGCAAUACCUCGAUGCUGGGGGCAUUCAACAGGACUCCGAUGAUGAAUCACAAUAUUACGAUACUGCCAAAGGCGUAUCCGCGAAGACGCUCAAGCAGACUUUGCAGUCCAGAUUGAUCAAGAGUGAGUUUGAUAAAACGCCCCAUAGCUUCAUCCCCGAAGGGAUUGUCGAGGAGUUGAUUACCCGGAAGUCGAUCGCGCAAUGCUUGCGAGCCUCCAGAGAACAACUUGAAUUGAUUGACUACACUUUCGCAUUCGCAAGGAAAGCUUUCGCCAUUGCCACCUUUGCCAGGCUGAACACUCAUGUUGCUAUGAAUUGGUUCAAGAGAACAGGAAUGACUGAUGACGAUCUUCCAUUCACUGUGCAAAGCGAAGAGUUCCGGCGGUCAUCUUGGCGGACACACUUCUACGACGAGCAGUGGAAGUUCUUUGCGCCAAUAUUCGAUACUGGGAAGUAUAACCAUGAUUUCGAAGAAGCUCGAAUUCUCCCAGUCGUUUCCAAACUGCGCGUUGCUGGUUCGGGCGCAUUUGGCGAGGUUUGCCAAUACGAGAUACACACGAAACAUCUCCAGCCUAUUGCGUUGCGGCAAAGACUUUUCGCUAUCAAGGAGCUCAAAGCUGAAGCAAAUUUGCAAGAAAGAGCCGAGCACUGGGAGAAGGAGGUGAAGGCACUGCGCAUGAUGAACAAGCUCAACCAAGCCCACAUUGUGCGUUUCAUCACUGCCUUCCGGAGGAAGAAGAGAAACGACGGCGAAGAGCACUACUUGAUGUUCGAAUGGGCCAACGGCGGAAACCUGCGCGAUCUUUGGGACCGCAUACCCUCUCCGAACUUGACCGGCACCCUCGUUAAGAGCGUCGUCAAACAGAUUCUCGGCUUAGCCUCCGCACUUGCUGCUGCCCAUAAUCUGAACCAGACUGAGGCUUCAUAUCGUCACGGGGAUUUGAAACCGGAGAAUAUUCUCAUCUUCGACGAGGAACCUACAGUCGCUGGCAACGAACGUGAAAGAACAGUCGCUGAAGAAGAUCGUCAACCGAUCGGAACGUUCAAAAUUGGCGACUGGGGCGAAGCCAAAUAUUACGGAAAGGACCAACCUACUGAGCUUCGUUCUCAAAAGACAACAGCAAGAUUUGGCACCCGCCGCUACGAGGCCCCAGAGGUUGUCACUGGAGUCACACGGAAGUACCUUGGCCAACCCGUGAAGCGCCGCUCUCGACUAUACGAUAUCUGGGCAAUGGGCUGCAUCAUCCUUGAGCUUAUGAUCUGGCUGCUGUAUGGUGUGGAAGGCUAUCACAUGUUCAGGCAAAACGUAAGCGAAACCUUCUAUCAGAUUAAGAAAGAGAACACGAAGACGAUAGCGCAGGUGCACAGUGCAGCCACUCGAUGGAUGGAUUACAUGGCGCAAGAGCCUGCAUGUGAAAUCAACACCGCUAUGGGCCAGCUUCUAGAAUUUGUCAGAAACAAUCUACUGGUGGUCAAGCUGCCGCGACGUAUGGGAUCGUUUCGACCUUCUCCAGAGGACACAGAUCAAUCGCGCACAGACUCGUUUCUCGAGCCCAAAGUUCCUCAAGACCUCCGUUCAGAUCUCAAUCAAGCUUUGGAAAACGCGCACCUCUCAGAGCCAUCGGCUUUGAAUGGGCUGCCAACAUUCACGAUCACAGAACCGGAGCCAACGUCAGAUCUGGACAAAAACCAUACCCGAGAGCCUGUUCAGCCAGAACCCGAGCUUCCUGGACACUCAAGAUGCUUAGCAUCUGACUUUUACGAAGCCAUGGACGGCAUUCAUACCGAAGACGAUGUUAUUGGUUUUUGGGAAACACAUCCUGAGCGAGAUCGUACGCCUUUGCUAUUGAAUGACCCAAUCAGCUCUGAAGUCGGCACCAGCGGCGAUGCUGAGAAAGAUUAUGCUCCCUCUGAGCUUGACGAGAAGGAUUGGGUGUUGCGACUGGACAACGAAGUAGCGUCAAGACUUUUCACUGAUUUGAGGUGUCAGCAAAGACUAGACACUCACCCAGCUCCGGACACAGCGAUGCUGUGUGACUGGUGCAGCAAAUUUCGAACGCAGUUCGGCCCGGGAUUCUCCAUGACUUAUGACGUCAGUAGAAUACAAACCAGCGCCGAGACAGGACAAUGUCACAUGUGCUCCUUGCUGUGGCACAUAUGUCAGGCCCAUGAAGGGCAACGGCAACAGAGUGUCCGAUUCGAUCGUGAGGGAGCUUUCCUCAAGAUGAGUCACACACCCAACUGCGUGCUUUCCGUUGUUUGUAGCCCAGACGUUAAUGUUCCUGUCUCUGGUGACUACCAGAUUGGAUUCGUGGACCUUCCCGUUGCCGGCGGAGAGACUCAUCUCGAAGUGAUGAAGUCAUGGCUCCACGAUUGUGACCACGACGCGAAGCACACCUGCAAGCCGUCUGGUCGCGCAAGCGGUGGCAGCAGUACUUCGAUAAUGCGCCUGCCAACGAGACUCAUCAAGGUUGGCAAACAAGGAGAUGCCACCAUACAACUCUGGGAAACCAGACCUGGCGAUGCCGGGGAAUGGAUCGCCCUUUCACAUAAGUGGGGUGACAGUCAUUUCUCCACAACUACAGCGAACCGUGAGCAGCAUCUGGAGGGGUUGAACUAUGCCAGUUUACCCGCGACCUUCAAGGAUGCAGUGACGGUGACCAGAGCUUUGGGUCAUCAGUACCUCUGGAUCGAUUCUCUGUGCGUGAUCCAAGGCCCAGAUGGAGACUUUGAAUCUGAAGCGAAGCGCAUGGAAGAUGUCUACAGUGGCGCUUACUGUGUGCUUGCAGCAAGCUGUGCAGCAGACCACUAUGACGGAUUUCUGAAGCCUCGUAAAGCCAGAAAGUAUGUUCGUUUGACAAAGGAAGGCAAGAACGAGAUGCCCUUCUACAUCUGCGAGACAAUUGAUGACUUUAAGUCUCAUGUACUCGACGGCGACCUGAGUGGUCGUGGAUGGGUACUACAAGAGCAUGCUCUGGCUCGUCGUACUCUGUUCUUCACCGAGUAUCAGACAUACUUUGAGUGCGGCGGUGGUGUUCGUUGCGAGACGUCGACGAGACUGGAAAAUCUGGUCGCAGCACUAUUAGGAGAUGCCGAAUUCCCUGAUCUGCUCUAUAGAUCUUCACAAGGCGACAGGAUUACUCGAAUCCAAGGUCUUUACAAACAAUAUUCGAAGCUAGGUCUUUCAAAGCCAUACGACCGCCCUGUUGCCAUUGCCGGUCUACAACAACGACUCUUGAGGACAAUGAGGGUAUACGGAGAUUUCGGGAUCCUCGACGAAGGCGAGACUCGCGGUCUUUUGCGUCGGACCCUCCUCUGGCGACGCCAUUCAGACUCAGAGGCCAUGAAGCGCAUCGACUUCUCAGCAAGCCCGGGUAACCUCAAGAUACCUUCUUGGUCGUGGAUGGCUUAUUCUGGAGCAGUUGAUUACAUAUAUCUCGAGUUUGGUCAAUACGAAUGGAACAACAUACAGUCACCUUGGACAAAACUAGAGAACAGAUGGAUCAACGUCGAUGCCGAAACUGCAAAAAUCGCGUUGUUCGCCGCGCCAAGAAGAUUUGACACUGGAGCUGCCAAAGAUCGGGAUAUCGAACUUGUGUUCGAUGAGCCGAGUAAUAUUCUGCUGCUAAGUUCGCUCUGCGUUGUGCUUGGAGUUGCGAAGGGUUCCCAAGCUGAGACCGAACGAAAGCACUGCGUUCUUGUUAUCACACCUAGGGGAGAGAAAGACGGUGUGACACUGUACGAGCGCGUAGGAACGGGCUUCUUACCAGGGAAGUGUCUCGCUCCGCCACAGGAUAAUUUUCAGCUACCCAUGAUGCUGCUAGGCUAUACUUAA